GCACCACCACCAGGCCAAGCGAGUAACCCGAAAGGACCGAAAGCCGGAGAAGGGGCCCCGCGCCGCCGAAUGUCAGCUGCCUGUCUUUUCGCCUUUGGACGGAAAUCCGGCAGCCAACCAAGGACGCUUAUUAUUGUUCGAGUAGUAGUUUACAUUAGAGCCCUGCAACCCGAUUUUCCGGCCUGUUUUCCUCCACGGCGUUCCGCAUCUCGGCUUCCCCGCCCACGACGACCUUCUUGUGCUCCGGGGCGGCGCCCCAACCAGUUCCCAAUGCUCCCCUCUCCCCAGCAAUUGCUGCAUGAUGGCCACCAUCGAGCCAUGGCUCACAAACCUCCUCAACAAGCCGAAGAGCCCUGACCUUCCACCGAUACAUCCCAUCCCCUCCGGCGCCGCUCCGAGCCAGCCGAUUUCCCUUCCCCCCCUCGGCUCCGACUUCCCCGGCAGCCACAGGACCGAGAGGCCAGCGUCGACUCAGGUUGCCCCGCCCAGUGCUGGCGACGAUGCCGACCACGUCAAGCCAAAUGCUAGACAGGACGACACCUUUGGUCUGCACACUGCCUCCAUCAGACCCCUCCAACUCCUGCUCCAGGAGCCCGAGCCGUCACCCUUCGCCAUUCCGCUGCGAAAGCUUGUCGACGAUGUGCCGGCAAGCCCCGAAGACGCCUCCUCGACUAAGAAACGACAUAGGGCGCUUACCGCCAAGGAGGACUUCGUCCAGCUACCGAAGCUGCCCAAGAAGCAGAAAUCUGCCCAGCAGGUGGUGCCCCCAAUCAUCGCCGGUCUCCACGAACCCCCGCCUGAUGCCGCCGUCUUCCCACCCAUCACGUCGGCGUCCUUCGACGACAAUGAGAAUUUCACCCUGGGGGCAUGGAAGGAGGUAGGCAACGCCGCGCAUGAGGACCGCCCGGUCCUAUUCCCGACUGCCGAGGGAGAGCCAACCAACCCCCCGAAGCCAAAGAGGCGUCCCAUGAAGCCGAGAAGAAAGUGGACGGAGGAAGAGACCAAUAAUCUCUUGCUGGGGGUGAGUCGCCAUGGAGUGGGCAGAUGGACGACAAUCCUCGAGGACCCCGAGUUCCACUUCAACGGCCGGACCGCCGGCGACCUGAAAGAUCGUUUCAGGACGUGCUGCCCCGAGGAGCUACGGCGAAGUGCGGACGACGAGCCACCGGCAGCCAACGGAGAGUCCGCUCCGCCGCCGGCGGCGACAGCAGCAGCAGCAGCAGAAGGAGCGGCUAGGCACAAGUUAGGUAUCCAGCUGGAGGACAUUCUUCAGCCGACCGGGGAUACGGGUGGUGACAAUGAUGGUGCCUCACCGGCCAACGCUCCGGAUCCUGACGCGGCGCCUAAGAAGAGGAAGCCCCGUGCACACCGCAAGAGGUUGGAGGACCUGGCCGAGUUGGGCAUUCACGGCCCGUUUGAGAAGUCGCAUCGCCGGAAACGCCGGCCUUUUACCAAGCAGGACGACGAAGAGAUCUUGGACGGAUUGAACCAAUACGGCCCGUCGUGGACGAGGAUUCAACGGGACCCCAAAUAUAAUCUUUCUAGCCGGCAGCCGACAGACUUGCGUGACCGGGUUCGGAACAAGUACCCCGAGAUAUACGCGAGCAUCGAAAAGGCCAACUUUGCCAACAGGGAAGCUCCCCGCGGCAAAGCCAACAUCCUUGAGCCGUCGGUCAAUCUGGCGUCGGACAGCUCGCGGACCGCUGCCGUUCUCCCCUCUCUGGACCCCCCGCUGAACCGAUCAGGGUCGCGAGAAGACGUGCGACUGCGACGGACCACCACCCCGGCCGCCCACGAAUCAACCGAGUCUCUGCCCGCUCUAGCCGAUCUCUUCGACAUGACCGAGCCCCACGGCGGCUCUUCUCUCGGAAGCGCACCAGAGAUGGACCUAAGCCACCUCUUGCUUGACGAUCCCCAGGCUGCUGCCGCGGAACGUCGGCUCGGCAAUGGCCGGUAAGACACUAACGCCGGUGGUUGCGAGUGCGCUCUUGUCCCUCGUCAAAGGUUUUCUUUCUUUUUUUCCUUUUUUUAUUAUUUUUUCUUUCUUUCUGGAUUCGACCACUGGGCCAUCUUUCAAUCGUCAUGACCACCGAAUGGGAUUCAGCUACUUUUCCGCUGCCUUUGGGAGGGAAGAACUGCGCAGUGAUGCUUUGUUUAUCGCGGG